UUGACCGCUAUACAUUUUAUGUUUAUGUUGUUUUAUUUUAUUAAAUCAAAAUAGGCGACCAAGCUUGGUAAGUUAGCUAACGGCCGAGCUGUUUUGUGUAGCUAAGUUAGGCUACAUCGUACAUUACGGUAACUUACUCCGCGUCAUAAGGAGGUCAAAGGACUACUGCACACAUUUCUGCAGGCAGGCGGUCGUGAGUUUCCUAUUUUAUCUGAUUUUAUAAGUGAAAACGUUCGUGUCCGUGUUUAUGAAUCUGCUAAUCAUGCUCUAAAUAUCUGUGGGUAGUGCAGCUUGCAGUCACAGCUGUGUUAUGGCUCCUUUAGUGAGCUCCUCGUUAAUGUCACCUGUCAGACUUUGUUGUUUACAUCGCAGUUUGUGUUGGAGAUCCACCAGGACGCUCUCUGCAGCCGGCUUGGCUCAAAGGAGUUUAUUGUGUCCAUCUCAAGGUGCAGCAGCUCUGUGCAGACAAACAAACUCUCCCUGGUGGAAUGGGUCUCGGGGAUUUUCCUCCCGUGGUGACGGUGCAGCCGUGGAGCAGCAGACCCUGCAGGACAUCGCCAAGAGCAUCAGAGAGCAGCAGUACAAGAGGGUGGUGGUGAUGGCCGGAGCCGGGAUCAGCACACCCAGUGGCAUCCCAGAUUUCAGGUCUCCCGGCAGCGGCCUAUAUGACAACCUGCAGCAGUAUGACCUGCCUUACGCCGAGGCCAUAUUCGAGAUAAACUUUUUCCAUCAAAACCCUAAUCCCUUCUUCGCCCUGGCCAAGGAGUUGUAUCCUGGGAACUAUCAGCCCAAUCUGACCCAUUAUUUUGUACAGCUGCUUCACAAGAAGGGUCAGCUUCUCCGGAUGUACACGCAGAACAUCGACGGGCUGGAACGAUUGGCAGGGAUCCCUCCUGCGAUGUUGGUUGAGGCCCACGGUACAUUUGCCACCGCCACCUGCACCGUCUGUCUGAAGAGGUACGAGGGAGACGAGCUACGACCAGACGUGAUGAGCGGGACGGUCCCGAAGUGCUCCACCUGUAAGGGCGUGGUCAAGCCUGACAUCGUGUUUUUUGGAGAGGAGCUUCCGGUGCACUUCUUCAAGUACCUGACAGACUUCCCACUGGCAGACCUCCUCAUCGUCAUGGGCACCUCACUGGAGGUGGAGCCCUUCGCCAGUCUGGCAGGAGCUGUGCGCAGCUCUGUCCCCCGACUGCUCAUCAACAGGGACCUGGUGGGGCCGUUCGCCUGGAGUCGGCGGCCCAACGACGUCGUGCAGCUGGGUGACGUGGUCAGCGGUGUGCAAGCCCUGGUCGACGCCCUCGGCUGGACUCAGGAGCUGGACGCUCUGAUGGCGGCUCAGAAAAGGACAACAAAGACAGAAGAGUGACCAUUUCACCACAUCACGCUGGAGAUGGUGUAGAUGACGGGGUUGAGAGCGCUGUUGACGUAGCCCAGCCAGGUGACGGUGCUCAUCAGACCGGGAGGGAUGUCGCACGUCAGACACACGGCUCGCGUCGUGUGGACCACGAAGAACGGAGUCCAGCAGAACAAGAAGCAACCUGCAUGAAAAUAUGGAGAGAGAGCUUCAUUUAAAUCAUCAAGCUUCAUCUGUGCAUCUCUUUAAAUCCUAACUUAAAACCCCAGACCUUGUUUUUAACAGUGAUAGAUUCACUACUGCAUGGAGCAGCAUCUUAUGAGUGAGUAAGUCAAUAGAGUUUAUUUAUAUAGCACCUUUCCCGGAUAAAAAUCCCAAAGUCCUUCAGAAUAAAAUGAGAUAAAAACUAUACUUCAAAAUAUAGAAAUACAUAGGAAAAGCAUAAAUUAGACGAGGGUGACUCGUCUAAUUAAAAGCCUGUUUGAAUAACAGAGUCUUCAAUUGCUUUUUUAAAAAAAUCAACAGAAUUUAAACAAUGUAGAGAGGGAGGCAAGCUUAGGUGCCACUGCUUGAAAUAAUCGAUCAUCUCUCGUCUUAAAAAUAAGUGUGGGGAACCACUAACAGCUGAGACUACCGGUGGAAGUAUGAAGCUGUAUCAAAAGUCAGAGAUUUAAAGAGGAACAGGUCUGUGCAAGUCUUUAAAAUACCUAUAAGAAUUUAAAAUUGAAUACUAAAUUAACCAGUGAAGUGAUGCUAAAACAGUUGUAGUGUGCGCUCUUGAGUCGCAAAAUGUGACAGUAUGCAUGUGGCGGUUGUUAUUCUCUUUCCAAUCAUGCCUUUUUUGGUGCCAGUCGACAAUGUGAGCUGUCAGCGGGCUCCAAGCAUUAAAGUUUCAGCAUGGUGAAUAAAAUCUUGUUCUUUAAAUUGGGCUGUCAUGGGUCGGCUGAGUGAAGGCAGGGAGCUGAGGUGAGGAAAGAGUCCAAACAAGGGUAAUUCCAACAGAAACAUAAUCCAAAAACAAGGAACAAAGUACUAUCCAAAGGUAAGAUCCAAAAACACAGCGAACAGAGCACAGGAGAACACUCAACAUAUGACGCAAGGACAAAGACUGAAGACACAAGCAGGCAUAUAUAUAUACACACAGGGACUAAAGGUGAGGAGGAUCAGGACUAAUGAGACACAGGCAGGUAGAAAGACAGCAGGGGAAAAAGACAGACACCAAUAAUGCCAUAGGGAAACUAAUAACCAGGAAGAAACAGAAUAUAAAUUACUGAACCAGAACAUAAGCAGACAGAUCACUAAUAUACCAAAAAACACAACUAACAGGGAAAACAGACUGAACUAAGAUUAUACAGAACGCAGAGCAAACAUGGACAAAAUAAUAUCGAAGUACACGGACCAGGAGUAGACACUAAGACACAGAUAAGAAUA